AUGCGUACGAGCGCCACCACGUCGGCGAGAACCCUCGAAACGUACCUCCAAACUGCAAUUGAAACCAGCGAAGAAGUAGCACCUGCAUCGCAGCAGCAAAAGGCGUCACGAAGGUGCGAGAAGGAGAAAGACCCGCAGCGGGAGCCAAAAUUGUCGGCACUUUCCAGCGCGAUGCACGCAGAACCACUCGUUCAGUCACUAACAUUGCAGAAACCCAAGCGACGACGACGCAAGUCGAGACUCAGCAACUCGAUCCGGCAACGUCACGGACGUGGAAAGGUCUCAUUUCGUGUCUCCGGUCUGCUAACAGCCGACCAGGUCGACGAUGAAGACGAAGUCGAGGAACUGCAGACCGAAAUGUGCGAAGACUUUUCCCGCUUCGGACGUUUACAAAGUGUGGACAUUGUUCGAGCACCAAAUGUCCAGAGGCCGUUGUCCAUUGGUGACGUUGUGGUGACGUUCGAGGAGGAACAACAUGCAGCCGCAGCCUUUGGUUCGUACGAUGGGAACGUCUUUGGUGGACAGAUCGUGACGUGUAGUUGGGAAAAGCAGAGAACCAGCGACAAGAAGAACACGGACAGUGCCUUUGCACUCUCAUCGGGGCACUUGACGUCGGAAGAAGUGCAUGACGUUGACGAAGCGGUAAACGUCAAUGACGAUGUCGUGGCAACGUUUAGUCAACUUGGAACUGAAGAGACGAUGCAGUCGAGUGAGGCGAUAGCGAACGCAACUGCCGCUUUCAGUGAUGCAGAUGAGCAGGUGCGGAACGGCGGACAUUCAUGGACAGCAGAUUGUAGACUUCAGCAUAGCGAGUGUGCCGGCGAUGGCGUGGAAGCCCCAAUCGUUCAGCCUGCAGAAUCGCUUGAGCUCGUGGAACUUGUUAGUCGACUGCUAAAGCGGCUUGCUGCUCUUCAGGAACGCGCACAUAAGCAGCACCCGCGGCACAGCAGACGGUCGCGACGGCUCGUGCUUGGCAUGCAUGAAGUGCGGCGAGGUCUUCUGUGCAGCAAAGUCCGCUUGCUGGUUAUGGCAGCAGACCAGGAUGAGUCUGACGUGCUUGACGAGAAACGGGCCGAGUUGGUGUCGAUAGCAGCGAAACAGGGAGUGCCUACACUCAUGCCCAUGAACAGACGGAAGCUGGGCAGGGUACUACAAAAGAGCGUGCGUGUGAGUUGCGUUGGCGUGUACUCGAUCGAAGGCGCGAACGACCUCUUUCUGCAAGUGGUGCAACGAUUCGCGCAAUAA